ACACACACACACACACACAGUGUUGUAAUAUUGACAGAGCAGCCAUCUCACACAGAUAAAGGUGGCAUGCGAGGGGACUUUCUGAGAUCAAAAACAGAUGGCUAAGACAAGAAUGAUUUCAAAUAAUGACGACAGCAUGGAUGGAAGGAAUAAUGGAUCCACCCGCACAGUCAGAGUUGGGUCCAUAAGUCUUCCACUGUAUCCGGUGUGUUUAGGACUGCUGAACAUUAUACUGGUUUUAAUCGGUAUUGUGAUUGGGAUUUACUGUGGAAAAGUAAGCGGGGAAUCCAACCCCUACCAAAUAACAGCACAGGACCUCAUCCUAGAGGUGAAGCAAAUUCAGAUCAUGCAGACUGAAGUGAUCAAAGCUCAAGAAGAGGCCCGACACGCAUUGGAGACAGAGCUCGAAAGCCACCGGCAAAUGAAACUUCAGCUGAAGCAGGCCGAGGCCCUCAGCGACGGCGUUCAGAGGCAGAUUGAGACCCUACAAAUGGAGGAAGAAACACUGAAGGCAAAUUCAUCUGAUAUUUUGAAAAGUUGUGGUCGGUGCCAGUCAGGGUGGCUUUUAUUCAACACAUCGUGCUACUUCCAUUCUGAAUCCCUACCCUUAAAGAGCUGGCAUGACAGCAGGGAGGACUGUCUCAGGCGCGGCGCAGAUCUUGCUGUGAUUAAUAACUUGCAAGAGCAGGUGAAUAUUUUCGAAAACCUACCAAAACGAGAUCCAAGCAUUCGACCGUGGUGGAAGCCGCCAGGAGGCAUUUGGAUCGGCCUUACGGGUAUUCAAGCAGAGGGCAAUUGGACGUGGGUAAAUAAUGUGCCUCUGCAGGAUGAAGGGUACUGGAUACAAGGGGAACCCAACAACUAUCACACAACAGGAUCAGAGGGGGAGGACUGUGCAGCACUCAUGAACCUGAGAAACGUCAGGGCAUCGUGGUACGAUGCCGACUGCAAAGGGAACAAGGAAUGGUUGUGUGAAAAGGAACCCAACUAGCUGCGGAGAGCAUGACCAGCCGAAUCCUUCAUGUUGACAUCCUCUGUGAUGUCAACAUGAUGCUUAGCUUGGCCUGUAGUAAAUGUACAAAUAACCUCUAGUUCCUUAAUGCGUUAUUUCUGAGAGUAAGCAAAACUCAAGUGAAUAAAUUACAUUCAUGUGUCAACUGCUUUUUACUGCUUUGUUACAUGUAUUUGACAGAUGUAGUGUGUCAUUCUCUGUAUAGAGCUGGAUACAAUACAUGAAGAAUCUCUUUUUUCAAAGCAAUACUUUGAAAAAACUUUGUGGGCAGCAGGUGGUUAUUAUUCAUUCAUUUAUUUUUCAUGGAAACCUAUAGGCGAUAACACAGUUAAAUUAUUAUUUGCGACCACUGUUCAUUUAAUAUCUUCCACAACUCAUAAUGUCACAACUCUG